UUGUUGCACUAACUGGGCGGAGUCUACACAGAGCUCUGAGCGGAUGAUUCCGGUUAUGACCGUUGUUUGACAGUUCAGGACAGACCGUCACUGUGUCAGUGGCUGUCAUUGAUGGCCCAGCUGUGUGUUGAGGUAGAAUGGGACAGAGCACAUCAGGCCCAGAGUUUGCAGAAGCUCCACAGCUGGACGGAUUUGGGAACAUCAAGAGUUUGGUGGAGGAUCAGCUGCAGACCAGCAUGGUGGUGGGAAUUGUAAUCGGUGCUGGAGUCGCCAUCGUUCUUAUCGCUCUCCUGAUAUUUUUUGUCCUGCGCAGGAUGCACCUCCGCAAACGUGAAGCUCAGGAAGCCCCGAAAUAUCGUUUUCGUAAAAGAGACAAAGUCUGGUUUUAUGGGAGGAAGAUAAUGAGGAAGGUGUCUCAGUCCACCUCUUCACUAGUGGGCUCCGCUUCAUCCUCCAGGCCCCGCCUCAAAAAGAAACAGAAGAUGCUAAAUAUUGCCAAAAAGAUCCUGCGUUUUAAGAAAGAAGUGCCCUCUCUGCAGAUGAAGGAACCUCCUCCGUCAGUGCUGGAGGCAGAUCUCACAGAGUUCGACGUGGCCAAUUCUCAUCUGCCAUCUGAGGUGCUCUACAUGCUGAAGAACGUGCGUGUGUUGGGUCACUUCGAGAAGCCGCUGUUCCUGGAGCUGUGUAAGCACAUGGUGUUUCUGCAGUUCCAGCAGGGUGAAUAUGUCUUCAGACCCGGUCAGCCUGAUAGCAGCAUAUAUGUGGUACAGGAUGGCAAGCUGGAGUUGUGUCUUACUGGACAGGAUGGAAAGGAUGGCGUGGUCAAAGAGGUUUACCCUGGAGACAGUGUUCACAGUCUACUGAGCAUCCUUGAUGUCAUCACAGGUCACCAGAGACCAUAUAAGACUGUUUCAGCGAGAGCGGCAGAAGUGUCCACUGUCCUCAGACUGCCUGUCGAUGCCUUUCUGUCCAUCUUUGAGAAAUACCCAGAGAGCCUUGUGCGGGUGGUUCAGAUCAUCAUGGUCCGUCUUCAGAGGGUGACCGUUCUGGCCCUGCACAACUACCUGGGGCUCACCAAUGAACUUUUCAGCCAUGACACGCAGGCUCGUCCCUCUCCUGCCUCCCCUCAUCCAACACGCUCCAGUCCCAUACGACACAGCAAACGCUUUGGCAGUCUCACUGUUCCUGAUAAACAUCGUGAGGCUGCCGUCCAAAAUGCUACUGGUGGGGAUCUUGGGAAGGAUGGUGGCACAACAUUGACCCUCAGUAGGACUAUAUCUAUGCCUGUAGACAUCGCUGGAAUUCAGAAGGGUCUACAUUCAGAUUUCGACAUGGCUUAUGAGAGAGGGCGUAUCUCUGUAUCUGCUGAGGAUGGAGCUCCCCCUCCACCUGCUUUCACACGAGAGCAGCGGGAGAGGAAGGUGACGGUGGAUGAGGCUCCUUCAAGUGUGUAUUUGUAUCCUGAGGACGAGUCAGGAGUGGAGAACAUUUUUAGCCCAUUUCAAGGACGACCUAAUGCCACAGUGUUCGACGAGGCCCAGAAAGAGAUCCUCAAACUCAUGAAGAUUGAGGACCCUGCACUGCUGAAUGGGAGGGUGACGUUUCAUCAUGUUAAAGCUGGAUCUGUGUUAGCCAGACAGGGAGACCAGGAUGUGAGUCUGCAUUUUGUCCUGUCUGGCUGUCUUCAUGUCUAUCAGAAGAUGAUUGACAAGCAGGACGCAGUGUGUUUGUUUGUGACCCAGUCGGGUGAGAUGGUAGGUCAGCUGGCUGUACUCACAGGAGAGCCGCUCAUCUUCACCAUUAAAGCGGAGCGUGACUGUACCUACCUCAAGAUCUCCAAAUCUGACUUCUAUGAGAUCAUGCGUGAGCAGCCAAGUGUAGUUCUCAGUGCAGCUCACACCGUGGCCAUCCGCAUGUCCCCGUUUGUACGGCAGAUGGAUUUCGCCAUUGACUGGAUGGCUGUUGAAGCCGGACGGGCCCUGUACAGGCAAGAUGAUCAGUCUGACUGUACCUAUAUUGUGCUGAAUGGACGACUGCGUUCGGUCAUCCGAAAAGCGAAUGGGAAGAAGGAGCUGGUUGGAGAGUAUGGACGGGGAGAUCUUAUUGGAGUUGUGGAGGCUUUGACUCGACAGCCUCGUGCCACCACAGUCCAUGCAGUCAGAGACACUGAGCUGGUGAAGCUUCCAGAAGGAACGCUCAACAAUAUUAAGAGAAGAUACCCACAGGUGGUGACACGCUUGAUUCAUCUGCUGGGGCAGAAGAUUUUGGGGAACCUUCAACAGCCCCGUGGACCGUUUUCAAGCUCUGCCUUGGGUCUGCCAAGCAUGGCGUCGAGUCCUGAUGUCACUAACCCAGCCAGUAAUCUCUCCACUGUGGCCGUGCUUCCUGUUUGUGAUGAAGUGCCAAUCAGUGCCUUUAAUUUGGAGCUCAGCCAUGCCCUCAGCGCCAUAGGACCAACUCUGCUGCUAACCAGUGACAUCAUCAGAGAGAGACUUGGCGCUUCUGCAUUGGACAGUAUUCAUGAGUACAGGUUGUCAGGUUGGUUGGCUCAGCAGGAGGACAUUAAUCGUAUAGUGCUGUAUCAGACGGACAGCAGUAUGACCCCAUGGACUCAACGCUGCAUCCGUCAAGCAGACUGCAUUCUCAUUGUGGGGCUCGGAGACCAGGAACCUGCACUUGGAGAGUUGGAGCAGAUGUUAGAGAACACAGCGGUACGAGCCCUGAAGCAGUUAGCCCUGCUGCAUCGUGAGGACGGGCCGGGACCGUCGAGAACCGUUGAAUGGCUAAACAUGCGCAGCUGGUGCUCUGGACACCUUCACCUAAAGUGCCCCCGUAGAGUUUUCUCAAGAAGAAGCCCCUCCAAACUGCGAGAGGUAUAUGAAAAGGUUUUUGAGAAGACUGCAGACAGACACAGUGAUUUCUCACGGCUGGCCAGAGUACUAACAGGAAACAGCAUCGCCCUCGUACUCGGUGGAGGCGGAGCCAGGGGCUGCUCUCAUGUUGGUGUAAUCAAAGCCAUGGAGGAAGCAGGAAUUCCCAUUGACAUAGUGGGAGGGACUUCCAUUGGCUCAUUCAUUGGUGCUCUGUAUGCAGAGGAGAGAAGUGCUGUUCGGGUCAAGCAGAGGGCGAGAGAGUGGUCAAAGGCAAUGAACUCUGUGUUCAAAACGGUAUUGGACCUUACUUAUCCAAUCACGUCCAUGUUCUCUGGCUCUGCUUUCAACACCAGCGUCUCCAACGUCUUUGAGGACAAACAGAUCGAGGACUUGUGGCUGCCUUACUUUAAUGUGACCACAGACAUCACAGCUUCUGCUAUGCGUGUUCAUAAAGAUGGCUGUGUUUGGCGCUAUGUUAGAGCCAGUGCCUCCUAUACCCCUUAUCUGCCUCCUCUCUGCGACCCCAAGGACGGCCACCUCCUCGUGGAUGGUUGCUAUGUUAACAAUGUCCCAGGCUCCCUGUGGCGCUAUGUCAGGGCGAGCAUGACCCUUUCCGGGUACCUGCCACCCCUCUGCGACCCUAAAGAUGGAAACCUGCUCAUGGAUGGAGGAUACAUCAACAACCUGCCAGCGGACAUAGCUCGUAAUAUGGGCACAAAAACAGUCAUCGCCAUUGAUGUGGGCAGCCAGGAUGAGACUGAUCUCUGUAACUACGGCGACAGUCUUUCUGGCUGGUGGCUGCUAUGGAAACGAAUCAACCCGUGGGCAGAGAAAGUGAAGGUUCCUGACAUGGCUGAAAUCCAGUCCCGUUUGGCCUAUGUAUCUUGUGUACGGCAACUAGAACUUGUCAAGAAGAGCGCAUACUGCGAAUAUAUUCGGCCACCCAUCGACCGCUUUAAGACCAUGGACUUUGGGAAAUUUGAUGAAAUCUAUGAUGUGGGUUAUCAACAUGGUAAAUUAGUGUUUACUGAGUGGGCUCGUGGGGACAUUAUAAAAAAUGUUCUGAAAGACCAUCGCUCUGCGGAUUACAAUGACAGCAAGAAGACUGAUUCAUGCACGUGUCCUAGUGCAGACUUCACUGAUCUAGCUGAAAUUGUGUCCAGGAUUGAGCCGGUGCAGAGCUACUUAGCUGAUGCAGAGGAGUCUGACUAUGCGACAGAGUAUGAGGAGGAUGGGAUGGACAUAGUGAGAGAGGCGGAGGGUGAGGAAGAGGAGGAGGAGGAGGCUGAAGACCCUGAGGACCAGUCUCCUGGAGAAUGGGGACCAAAUGGGAUCUUCACAUCAGAUGAAGAGAAGACAGUCCGUCAGAGGAAGAACAUCACCAGGGAACCCAACAUGGACUUCUCUUAAAGGGAGUAAUGCAGAAUCAAAGGGCACUGAAAAGAGAAGCAGAGUCCCAACAGGGCCUGAAGAAUACAAAGACAAAUACAGAAGAAACGACUUCUGAAUUAAUACGAUUGUUGGAAAGUCACCAAAGAUACUGUGAUUUAGACCCCAUUAACACAUUACCCACAAUUUGUCACCAAAACUGUGACUCAGUUACGCCUUUGGGAUUUUGUCACUCACGACUCUACAACAACAGGGUCCAGGGACUGUGGGGGCCCAGCAAGGCAGAGGAACCACUCCUUGAAAUACUUUGCCUCUGAAAUUAGGGGCUCUACAUCUUUUGAGAUGUUUGGGGAGUUUCAUGGGAAAUAAUGUCUACAGUAGUGGCCAGCAUACCACUAUCCUUAAGUUCUGAUUUUCCUGUCUGUUUUCAGACGAUACCAGUUCAUACUAGAGAUAGUGUGUGAUGUGACUGACAUGUGAUUUUAAUUUAAUUUAAUUAAUUUGUGGGUGUGUGUGGGUGUGUACGGCCACAACCUAAACAUGCAUUGGCAACUUCUUCCAUAAAGUACCUUCUAGACUGAAAAUGGCUUCCCAGGAUGUAUUGUUGAAGGUCUAAAGCUGAGAAAAGACUGUGUAGGUUAAGAAAGACUUUAAAAGGAAGAGAUGCUACUUCAUAGGGUCCUAUCAUUUCAAAGGUUUGAUUGUGAUUUGAUGGUAUUUGAUGUAAGGUUGCAAUGCUUGCACAUUAUUAGAAAAAAUAACAUCAGGUUUUCAGCAAAAAUUUUUUACUGAUAUCUAAUAUUAUUUUAAAGAGGGAUAACAGUUGAAAGAUAUGUGGGUGGUCAAAUGUGGUGUAAAUUAUAAGGGAAGAUUUUGAUGGGAUUGGAAAAUUCUGUACAGAUGAAUUGACUGCUGAGAUGGAAAUGUGGAAAUAUGGAUACAUUCGAAGGGAAUGAAAUUAAAAAAAGAUGAAAAAAUUAAAGAAUGAUAAAAACAAAUCUAGGGAGGUAGAGUGAGGUAGGUAAAAAAAAAUGAAGUAGGGUUUGAUAAGAACAAAAAGAGUGAGGUAGUAAUAAUGAUAUGUAAUGGGGAACCGAGUGUGAGCAUGGAAGAGAGAGAGGACGUGUGUGUGGAAAAGAACCAGGAAGUGAGUGGGGUAGAGAGUGAGGAAGUGAUCGCAGUAGUGAGUAAGAAAUAUUAUUGCGGGAAUGAGUGAGAAAGUGUUUGUGGUAGAGAGCAAGGAAGUGAUUGAGGUAAUGAGCAAGAAAAUGAUUACAGGAGUGAGAGAGAAAGUGGUCGUGGUAGAGAGCAAGGAAGUGAGAGCUGUAGGGAGGAAGUGUGUCAUGGGUGUGAGUGAGAAAGUGGGUGCGUUAAAGAGAGAUAGGAAGUGAAGAGUAGAAGAGUGAGAAAAUGAAUGUGGUAAAGAGUGAGCAAGUGAUUGAGAGGAAGUGAGCAGAAGAGUGAGAAAGUAAAUGCAGUAAAGAGAGGAAGUAAGAGCGAGGAAGUGAGAGUGGAAGAGUAAGAAAGUGAAUGCGAGGAAGUGAGAGUAGAAGAGUGAGAAAGUGAAUGCGGUAGUGAGUGAGGAAAUGAUUGUGUGAGUGAGCGAGUGAGAAAGUGGUCAUGGUAGAGAAUGAGUGGGUCGUGGGUGUGAGUGAGGAAGUGAGUGCUAUAAAGAGUCAGGAAGUGGAUACGGUAGAGCAAGAACAGUAAAGAGUGUGAGGAAGUGAAGAGCGGUAGUGAGGGAGGAAGUGAUGGCAGCAGAGAGUGAAAAAUGAGUGAGGAAACGAAUGCAUAAGGAGGGGAGCAUUUCAUUUAGGGGUUUCUAUAAUGCCAAAAUACUUCAUGUGGAAUUGGAUGCAUGUUUGUCUUUUGCCUGUGUGUGUGUGUGUGUGUGAGUGUGUGUGUUUUCAGCUUUUCAGAAAUGCAGAACUACUUGUGUUUCAGGUAGAGGUGGAUUCCUUUUUUCAUAAAAAAAAAAAAAAAAAAAAGUUAUAUUGCUGAAUGAGUGCCAGGGACACAGUGUCCAGUACUGGAGAAGAUCUUACAAAGCCAAAUGUCAUCCUUCCUAUAUUUACCAACCUAGUGUCCAUAAUCAAUGUAUAUUAUCUCACUGAGAUGUACAUGUUCCUCAGUCCUUGAUGCUUUUGCUUUGUUUCAGUCUUUAAUGCUGAGACGGUUUGUUUUUUAAUAUAAUAAGAUCUGAAAAGAUUGCCAACUACUAUUUAAUUUAUUUAUUUUACAACUAGCUUUUUUAAAAUAGCUUUUAAAAAACUUUAGAUUGUAAACAAUAACAGUAAGCAGUUUCUUAUUUUGCUUGUUUAGCAUUUUUGCACCGAUGAUAAUGAAGACAAAAUUAUUUUGAAAUACUUUACUAUAUCUAAUAUGAGAAAUAGCUGAGGUACAGAUGGGUCGGUGUGCGACUGUUUGAAACCUCCGAAAUAAAUGCUGAAUAAUGAAUAAUAAAAACCUAUUUAAUGC